AAAAAUUUACUACUGGAUUCUUGAUGGCAGAAACAUAUUUUGCAGCAACGCGACUCUACUUUAGCUUGUAAUUAUUCAAAAAUAUAUGAAAAAUGAACAUGUCCGACUACGAAGAAGAGGGGCACCAAGGCAACGGUGAGGAUUUCGAGAUCGAUAAGUACGACGCCCGUGGUGGUACUGGCGGUUCCUCUCCCCAGCCUCGCACUAGCAGCCACAGCCAUGGCGGCGCUGACGAUCACACUGUUUCUAAAUCUAAGCAUGGAUCUCAUGACUAUCCAAGAGAGUCUUCAAAGAGUAGGGAAAAGGAAAGAGAAAGGGGGCGUGAUAAGGAGAGGGAUCGAGAUCUUGAAAGGGACAUAGAUAAGGAGAGGGAUCGAUAUCUUGAAAGGGACAGGGAUAGGAAUCGUGAGAGGGACAAGGAUAAGGAAAGAAGCAGAGACAGGGAUAGGGAAAGGGAACGGGACAAGGAUAGUGACUUUCACCAUGGGCGUCGUGAUCGCCACAGGGAUCAUGGUGAGAGGAGGGAACAGGGCAGGGAUAGGGUUAACAAUGAUCAUUACCGAAGCCGAAACUAUGUCAGUGACAGACAUAGAGACUAUGACAGAGACAGGGAAGACAGGCAUAGGAAUCGAUCACAGUCUCCUUCAAGGGGUAGAUCUGAGAAGAGAUCAAAAUCACACUCCCGAUCACGUUCAAGGAGUAAAAGGAUUAGUGGCUUUGAUAUGGCUCCUUCCCCAUCUGCUAUGUUGAUGAAUCCAGCUGCUGGUGCUGUUGGUGCUGCUACUGCAGGUCAGAAUCCUGGGACACAUCCUGCAAUUCCUGGAAUAUUUCCCAAUAUGUUUCCUUUGGGAACCGGUCAACAGUUUAGUCCUCUCCCUAUUAUGCCGAUUCAGGCGAUGACACAGCAGGCUACUAGGCAUGCUAGGCGGGUCUAUGUUGGAGGCCUCCUUCCUACAGCCAAUGAACAGUCUGUAGCAACCUUUUUUAGCCAUGUUAUGGCUGCAAUUGGAGGAAACUCUGCUGGCCCAGGGGAUGCUGUUGUAAAUGUAUACAUAAACCAUGAAAAGAAGUUUGCAUUUGUGGAAAUGAGAUCUGUUGAGGAGGCUAGCAAUGCAAUGGCUUUAGAUGGUAUCAUUUUUGAGGGUGCUCCUGUCAAGGUGAGAAGACCUAGUGAUUAUAAUCCAUCCCUUGCUGCAACACUUGGUCCAAGCCAGCCUAAUCCCAAUCUUAACCUGGCUGCAGUUGGCUUAAGUCCAAGCUCUGCUGGUGGACUUGAGGGUCCAGACCGCAUCUUUGUCGGUGGACUUCCCUAUUAUUUUACAGAAGCUCAAGUUAGAGAGUUGUUGGAGUCCUUUGGGCCCCUUCAAGGUUUUGAUCUAGUAAAAGAUAGAGAAACUGGGAACUCAAAGGGCUAUGCGUUCUGUGUGUACCAAGACACUGCAGUUACAGACAUAGCUUGUGCAGCCCUGAAUGGAAUCAAAAUGGGUGAUAAAACUCUUACUGUUAGGCGUGCCAACCAGGGGGCUAGCCAACCUAAGCCUGAGCAAGAGAGUGUACUUUUACAUGCCCAGCAGCAAAUUGCAUUGCAGCAGAAACUUAUGUUACAGCCUGUCCCUACUAAAGUUGUAUGCCUGACUCAAGUAGUCAGUGUGGAUGAGCUCAAAGAUGAUGAUGAGUAUGAAGAGAUUUUGGAGGACAUGAGAAUGGAAGGCGGGAAAUUUGGUACACUGGUGAAUGUUGUUAUCCCUCGCCCAAAGCCAGGUGGUGAAGCUUCCCCAGGAGUUGGCAAGGUGUUCUUGGAGUAUAGUGAUGUUGAAGGUGCUACGAAAGCCCGAGCAGGGAUGAACGGGAGGAAGUUCGGUGGAAAUCAAGUUGUAGCAGUGUUUUUCAUGGAGAACAAGUUUUAUCAGUGCGAAUAUGAUGCCUAGUUAUUACCGUCUACUUGUUUAUGUUGAUUUGUUGUUGGUGGUGGUGGAGUGAGUGUCAUAAGGAUUAGUAUUGAAGUUGUACCAAAUGAGCCAUCUUGUUAUUCUGGCUAGCACACCAAAUGAACCAUGUUAUUUCUUGGAAUUGUGUUUGUAAUUCUGCUUGUGUUAUUUGCACAUUCUUUUUUGUUUC